CUGCGAAUAGCGCGGGACUAUCGGGUAAGUGGAUCGAUCAACUGGGGUCUAGAUACCUGCUGGGUAGCCUUCAGAUCCUUCCAGGUAUCGAAGCAACGAAGGGGUUGCUACGAUAUAUGCGUUUGGUUGGGAAAUUGAUUCCACUAGGCUUUUAGCGGUGUGGAAUAGGAAACGGUAUCUGGACUUUUGGUGGGAUUUUGGCAGUUGUUGGUUGAGCUGGGAAAUAUCAUGGGUCCGAGGAUGAAUUUUCUAUGGUAGAUCUGGGGUGCGAGGCGUUGUUGGUGAAUGGUGGAGACGGUAACUGGUAUUUGCACUUUAUAUCGCCUUAUUAUCUUUGCUAUAUCCUAUGUAAUACGGGAUAGCUGGCCUAUUGAACGUUGCUGUUAGGCUCAUCCAGCGAUAUGUCAGUUUUCAGACGAAAGGGCCGUUUUAGUGAUAACAGGGGGUUGUGUCAGGGUCGCAUCGUCGGGUUUUGUAUGUUACAGCAUAGGUACCCAUCUCAGCUUUUCUAUCCUCCUCUGUUUCGAUUAGUUUAGACACGCCCUACUAAUGCCGGUGUCUAAACCCUUUGUGUCUUUUUCUUAAUACUAUAGAGUGUAGGAAGGGCGGAAAUGGCAAUUCAGAAGGUUACAGGCUUUCAGGCCCUUCCUCCGAAGACUUUUGGAGCUCGAAAACCCCAGGACGGUGAGAAUCACACACAGAAGAAUCACCCCCCUAAGCCCGAAAAACGACAGAACGAGAAAUCGGUACGACUUCUGGAAUGGGAACAUCUCCCUCCUUGGAAACAGCGCGGCUGUGAGCACCUACGGACCGGAUAUCGACCGGAGUGCGCUUCGUUAUGGUCGUGUUUGCGUAGCUGGUUCUAUCUACACAACGAGACAGUCAACAUUUUCACCCACGUAAUCGGCGCCAUUAUUUUUCUAGCUUUACCCCUAUAUGUCUUCAGGACCGAGAUCCCGCCGCGCUAUAAAGUGGCGACUACGGCCGAUAUCAUAGUCUGCAGUAUAUACUUCCUAGGGGUCGGUGUCUGUUUUACACUCUCGACUAUGUUUCACACUUUCAUGUGUCAUAGCGAAGCCGCGUACUCCCUCGGUGUCAAGCUGGAUUACCAAGGCAUCAUAUUAUUGAUAUGGGGAGCAAAUAUAGCUCUUAUUUAUUAUAGCAUGCCAUGCGAAUUGGGGAAUAAGAUCGCCUAUUGGUCUUUUAACACCGUUCUCGCUGGAUUAUGCUCGUACGCAACGUUCCAUCCGUCGAUAGGCGGAGCGCAAACGGGACGUGCGCGCGCCGUACUCUUUGCUACGUUUGGGUUUUGUGCUGUUGUCGCUCCGAACUUAAUCGGGCUGUUGAAACACGGGUUCGACGAGCAGAGUCGUCGGGUUGGGCUUAAUUGGAUAGCGGCUACGACAUUGUUCAAUAGUACCGGUGUAGUUGUAUACGCCGCCAAGUUCCCGGAACGGUGGUAUCCUCGAGUGUUCGACAUAUUCGGCGCGAGUCACCAGAUCAUGCAUGUUAUGGCAGUGUCGGCAGCCCUUGCAUUUGCGAAGGCUAUGCUGCAGGCCUUUGAUCUUCACCACCAAAACCCCCGAGGAUGUGUAGGAGACGCGUCUUAUUUACACCCGACGUAGAUUCACCAUGUUGUUAAAUAAUAACUACGAGGCCAACCUAAAGUCAAGCCUCUUGUUUCCGGCAUCUUGGUGGUCAGCAAGGUAGACCAGUUUCUCCUCAGGAGUCAUGGCAUCCCAUCUGCGCUCCCUCACGCGGUUCCGCCAGAUAUAAUAUGUCUUUGCUAGCACAUAGAGCACCAAGUUUAGACACAAGAUACCGAUCAAUAUGCUAUUUCCUCUCCUAUAUAGUGGUGCGUCGUCUGCUCGGUAGAUGUUCGAAGAAAUGAUUACUCCUGCCUGAAGAAACAUAUUGUAUAAGGCAACGCCCAAAGUCCUCGAUCGGACGGCAUUUGAGUUUCGGGAUACCCAUCCGACUUGCACUGGGUGACCUAUAAAGGGUGAGCA